AUGUAUGUAUGUAUGUAUGUAUGUAUGUAUGUAUGUAUAUAUGCUUUUAGAACAGACAAAGAUUUAAGCGUGAGAAAAAGAAAAAAGAUUGAAAAUGAUCAGCCGUUAGAACAACUAUACGAGAAUAACAUCUCAAAAAUUGUGGAAGAGACAGGAGGAAAGUCAAUUCGCAUGUUGCUCCCUAUAAAAACACAUGAUGGUGUUAUAGAGAAACGUAUUAUUGAAGAAAAUAAUACCAUUUUUAAUGGGGAAGAAAAUGAAGAUACGAAUGAAAACCAGGAAGAAAAUAAAGAAGAUAAUCAGCAAGAAAAUAAUGAUACGGAUAUUGACAUAGAUACACAUAACUUGCUGCAAGUUACUGAUAAACCAGUGUCUAUUGUUGAACUGCUCGCAUGUCGCGAAGAAAUAUUGAAAGCCAAACGUUUUAAAAUAGGUAUACUUUCGAGUGGUAUAUUGGAGAAUCCAGAACUCAAGUCUGAAAAUUUCAAUGUAUUGUUAAAAAUGAUGGAUAAACAGACAUCAGAAAUUUAUAUCACAAUUAGGAAACUGGCAAUGGUGUCUCUUUUAGAAGUUUUUAAAGAUUUGUUACCAUCAUAUAGUAUCCAGGAAAUUUCUCAGGAAGGAGUAAAGUUGAAAAAGGAUACUCUUGCUCUGCAAAAAUAUGAAGCUACUCUAUUGAAGAAUUACAAAAGUUAUUUGCAGAGACUUGAAAAGAUAUCUAAGAUUUUGAGAACAAAGAAUGGGAACAUGCAGUCGGUAAAUGAACAAGAAAUGCAAUUGGGCGAGACAGCUGUAUCAUGUAUGUGCGAGCUUCUCGCCGUCCAUCCAUAUUUUAAUUUUUCUGUUAAUAUAGCUAAUUACGUUCUGCCUUUGUUGGAUAACAAACGGAGCAACAUAAGAGAAAAAGUUGCACAAUGUAUUUCCCAAAUAUUUAAAGAAGACAAACGUGGUCAGCUAUCUUUCACAAUAGUUCGAAAAUUAAAUCAGUAUAUCAAGUCGAGGAAACAUUCUGUACAUUCUGAAGUAAUAUCAGUGUUACUAGCUCUUCGCAUCAAAGAUAUUAAUUUGGAUAAGGAAAAGGAGGAUGAAAUGAAACAAAAGAAACUCAUGUCUCAUAAACAAAGAAUUCUCGCAUUAAGCAAACGAGAGAGGAAAAAGAACAAGAAACUAGAGCAAGUAGAAAAAGAAAUGCUCGAGACGAAGGGUGAGGAAAACAAACAGGCAAAGCAUAAAAUCCUCACUGAAAUAACGAGCAUAGUAUUUACUAUAUAUUUUAGAAUUCUAAAACAAGCUCCCAAUAGCAAAGUAUUAUCUGUGUGUCUAGAAGGAUUGGCCAAAUUUGCACACUGUAUCAAUAUCAAUUUUUAUCAAGAUUUAGUAGGCGCCAUAGAUAGAUUAAUAGAGGAAGGUAAUUUGGGAUUAAGAGAGCAACUGCACUGUGUUCAAUGUAUAUUUACAAUAUUAUCUGGACAAGCUGCAGCAUUGAAUAUUGAUCCAUAUAGAUUUUAUGUGCAUUUGUACAAAAAUAUAUUGAAAGUUCAUUGCGGGAGAACGCACUCGGAAACUGAGACUGUGCUGCAGACGUUGAUGCAGAUUCUCGUUCAUCAGCGAAGGAGGAUCACACAAACCCGUAUGAUAGCCUUUGUAAAAAGAAUAAGCACAUUGGCAUUACAGUCGCAGCAUAAUGUGACGCUGGGAACUCUUGGUAUUAUCAAGCAAGUGAUGCAGCUUGGGAAAACGGCUCACAUUUUAUUGGACACUGACUGUACCGGUGACGGUCAUUAUCAAGUCGAAAUUAAGGAACCUGAUUAUUGCAAUGCUCACUGUACAGCGUUGUACGAGCUCGUUGCUUUACAGCGUCAUUAUCAUAGUGUAGUACGACAACUCGCUAAAAAUAUAGCGUAUACUACACCUACAAGCGGUGAAGGCAGUUUGACUGCCGAAAUUGCGAAGUUAUCACCACAGGAGCUCUACAUGGAAUAUGAUCCUGCAGGUGUAGCAUUUAAGCCUGCUGUACCUAUUCCAAAGAAGAGUACUGUUAAAAAAGUACAGAUGAAUUAUAAUAUGAAUCCUGAAUUUGAUAAAUAUGUUAAUAUUAUCGACGUCGACAACUUAUUUGCGGACGGACAUGUAGACUUCUACAAAGCAUGUAAAAAUAAUUUGUAGUGCAUAAUAAAGAGGAUAUGUCUGUGGAAUAUA